AAAAGCCAGGACUGAACCGUGUGUGUAUGUGUGUGUGUGUUUGCGGUGCUGGCGCUGCUCGGCGCUGCUGCCAUGGGAAAAACACAGCUGGCUGACUGUCUGGACGGCUCCCUCGCUCGCUCGCUGGACGGCCGACUCGCUGACAUCGCACGUAUGAAUAAGGAAGGAAUCACCCUGAUACGGGGGCUUUGAGGACAGAGAGGUGGGAGGCUGGGGGUGGGACGGGGGCGCGCUGACUGUUUGGUAGAGAAACCAGGGAUUACCUUGGCGACCGAGUGGAAGAGAGGAAGCCGUAAGGGGAGGAGAGACCCUGAGACAGGAGAGCUGAGGAAGGGGAACGCUGGUAGGGGAGGAAGAGAGGGGGCUGGCUGGCUGCGGGUAGUCCAGCAGGAUGCAGAUCCAGUCUUCUGGUCCUCAGUCCAAAGCCUCCAGCUUCAUCCUCAGUCAGAGAUGUGUGCUGGCCUCCAAAAUGGAAAUCCACCGCGAACAGAGUAUCUGCCAGGCGCGAGCCGCUGUCAUGGUGUACGACGAUGCCAAUAAGAAGUGGGUCCCAGCCGGCGGUUCCACGGGCUUCAGCAGAGUCCACAUCUACCACCACACGGGCAACAACGCCUUCCGCGUGGUGGGACGCAAGAUCCAAGAUCAUCAGGUGGUGAUAAACUGUGCCAUUCCCAAGGGGCUGAAGUACAACCAGGCCACGCAGACCUUCCACCAGUGGCGUGACGCCCGGCAGGUCUACGGCCUCAACUUCGGCAGCAAAGAGGAUGCCAACGUAUUUGCCAGUGCCAUGAUGCACGCCCUGGAGGUGCUCAACUCCCAGGACACAGGCCCCACAUUGCCUAGACAGAGCCCCCAGGUUCAGAAUGGCCCCACACCAGAGGAGAUGGACCAGCAGAGAAGGCAGCUCCAGGAUCUGCAGAGGCAGAAGGAGCAGGAGCGGGAGCAUCAGGAGCGAGAGCGUCAGGAGAGGGAGCGUCAGGACCGGGAGCGCCUGGAGCAAGAGGUGCUGGAGCGCGAGCGCCAGGAGCGUGAGCGCCAGGAGCGUGAGCGCCAGGAGCGUGAGCGUCAGGAGAAGGAGGCGCAGGCGGAGAGGGAGGCGCAGGCUGAGAGGGAGCGACUGGAGCAGCAGGAGCGCAGCGAGCGUGAGCUGAUGGAGAGGGAGAAGGCAGACAAGGAGCAGCAGGAGCAGUUGGACAGAGAGCAGCAGGACUGGGAGAGAGGGAGACGCAUCUCCAACGCCGCCUUCGAAAGCACACUGUACUCUCCCACGCCUCAGGAGUACGGCAGGACGUCCUCCACGCCCGUUUCCCCGACCACGCCCACCUACCCGGCCCCCGGGACGCCGUCGCCCUCCUCCGCCACUCCGCCAACCCCGCCUCUGAGGCACUCGGCCUCCCGAUUCGCCACCUCGCUCGGCUCCGCCUUCCACCCGGUCCUGCCUCACUACGCCACGGUCCCGCGGCGACAGCAAGCCUUCCCCCAGGCCCCGCCUGUCGCUGUCGCUCCGGCCCCCGCCCCGGCCCCGCCCCCUCCGCCCAAGUCUGUGGUGUGGUCGGCGUGCAACUUCACCCCCCUGCCCCCUUCGCCCCCGGUCAUGAUAAGCAGCCCCCCCGGGAAGGCUGCGGGUCCGCGGCCGCUCAUCCCCAUCGCGGCGCCUUCCCCUCUCACCCAGAAGCCCCCCUCGCCGGCCCCCAAUGGCCCGCCCAUGUUCCCCGCGCCGUCUCCCGUGACCAUCCCGCACAGCCACACCCCCCUCGGCAUCGCCUGCCCCACCCCGCCUCCUCCGCCUACCCCGCCCCCUCUCCCCUCUCCCAUAGCUCCCCCUCCGUCUUCCUCCUUCGUCUCGUCUCCCCCCUCCUCAUCCCAGGCUCCUGGUGUGCCCUCUCCCUCCACAGCACCCCCUGCUGCCGCCGCCGCCGCCACCUCUGCCUCUGCUGAGCACCUCUCCCUCCCCGUGGGCCUGGGCCUGUCGGGGCCGGGGGAGCCGGACACAGCUACAGGCCCAGAGACCCACCUGUCUCAGGGGGGCUCCUCCUGUCAGCCCCAGGACAUGGUGCAGACCCCAGGCUUGACCACCCCCACCCCCCCACCUCCACCCCUGCCACCCGGCUCCACUGUGACCUCCGCGGCCGCCACCCCCUCGACCCAAGCAGCCGGCCACCCUCCCCCUCCCCCGCCUCCUCCACUCCCUCCUACGUUGACUCCGGGCGGGACCCCUCCUCCUCCUCCUCUUCCGCCAGGUCCGCCUCCUCCUCCCGGAGCCCCGCUCCCUCCGCCGGCGCCCCCCCUUCCCGCCGGACUGUUCUCUCCCGCGGAGGACCGGCCCUUCGCAGGCCUGGCCACUGCCCUCGCCGGAGCCAAGCUGCGCAAAGUGCCAAGGAGUGACGAUGCAGGGGCAGCUCUGGCAGCAGCCAUGUUGGGGGCCGCGGGGGCCAAGUCUGAAGCCAGAGGCAACGGCCCUCUGCCUGGAGGAGGAGGGCUGAUGGAGGAGAUGAGCGCCCUGUUGGCCAGGAGGAGAAGGAUUGCAGAGAAGGGCUCGUCACCUGAACCCGACCAGAGAUCAGAGGAUGGUGAGAUUAACACGACCCCUAAAGUGUCAGCCUGUAGCACACCAGACAUGCCCAGGAAGCCGUGGGAAAGAACAAACACCAUGAACGGUAGCAAAUCUCCAGUUAUUGGAAGACCUAAGUCCACUCCGACACCUACCGCAUCCUUAAGUGCCAACGGUGUGCCAACAGAAGCUGUUGACUAUGACAGAUUGAAACAGGACAUUCUGGAUGAGAUGAGGAAGGAGCUGUCGAAGCUAAAAGAAGAGCUCAUUGAUGCAAUCAGGGAGGAGCUGGGAAAGUCCAGCACGGCGUAGAGGGAUCUAAACGCCCUCUCCACAACAUCUACAUCCAGGCCACCCGACAGACAACAAACCACGGUCAAUUCAAGACACGACAACAACAGCGGAAAAUAAAACCAACAAAACGGUGAUGAUGAACAAUAAUGGUAUUAAUACUGAGAGAGGACAUUAUGUGGGGCAGCAUCGGACAGGGUGGUGGUGGUGGGAGGCGUGUAACUCUGAUAGCUGUGACUCACAGAAUCCAUUCUACGAAGCCUCCCCGCCCGCCCCCCCUCCUCCUCCCGCUGGGAGGGGGGGCAUCCUGCUGGACAGUGUCUGAAAGAGAAGUCUUUAUGCAAAGAUGAUUUCUCUCUCUUUGUCCUAUAAUAACAAGAAAAAAACACACACACACACAACAAUACUGAACUCUUCGAUGAUACUGUAUUAACCAUUGGCGCAUACGCGAACAGCAACAUUGAUGAAUCCGAACUCUUGUGAUUUACUAUCAAAAGGUUUUAUUAAGACAGACAGGAAGAAGGUGGGAUGGAGAAUAAAAAACUUUUUUUCCCAUAAUGCCA